AUGUCUGACGAGCCCACCGACCGCAAGAGAAAAGCGGAGAAGAGCGUCACCCCCGACGAAGACCGUACUCCUGACAAAACCAUCAAGUCCGAGCAUAACUACCUGGAGCCCACCUCAUAUGACCCAGAAGCUAUGGGUGUGAGCCCCAUGGGUCUGGAGCGGGUAGCCGCAAAUAUCCGAGAGGUGACUGCUGAGCGACGCCGUGAAGAGGACGAGCGUCGGAGACAGCGGGACGCUCCCAGUCCGCUACCGCAGCCCGAGCAACGGCGGCGGCAGCAGGGAGAGGGAGAAGAUUCUGCCAGCUAUUCGCCGCCGACAGUUGAGCAAUUGUGGGCUGAUACCCCGUCGGAUGGAGAGGCGAGUGCGUCUGGACCGGCCUCACCCUCGUCCAGAGUGUAUGAUUCUCAAGGUUCGAGUUCUUCGUUCAAGACGCAGAUCAGUUACAAGAUGUCGGAAUAUGGUGAUGAGGAGGUGAAGGAGGAUGAUGGAGGUGAGGGACAGAGCAAGCCGGAGGACGAUGGCGGAGGAGUAAGAGAGAGCAAGCCGGAGGAUGGAGACAAGAUGAAGGAUGACUAG